AUGAAUAAGGGUUGGGAUGUUGAUGAAGAUUAAUCUUUGGAUCAUUUUCUAUCUCUUACUGAGAAUUUAGUUAUUAAGAAUUAGAGUGUUGAAAUACCUAGUAUUUAAACAAAGAUUUCCCCAAAAUCUAAAAUGCGAUUUAGAACAUCCUCCAUGCCAAAAGUUGACGAUUUCAUUGAACCAAAGAAAGAAAUUAUAUAACAAAUUCAAGAUAUUUAAAUAAAACAAUAGCCAAUAAAAACAUAACAAAGACAGCAAAUAAAAUAAUAAAGACCUAUGGAUUCUCGAAUAUCAAUAAGAUCAACAUUAUUUUAGAAUCCAAUAGAACCACCAAUCAAAUAGGGAAGAACUUUAUAACCAAAAUUUUUCAAUCCUUUAUUAAGAGAGUAAUAACAUAAACUAGGUCUAUCUCGAAAACUUAAAAGUAUGAACAACAUCUUUAAUGAUGAACGUAUAACUUAUAAACGUGAUUUCAGUUAUUUAAAACAAUAGAGAUCCAAUAUAGUAUAUGUAGCUCUCUCGAAAUGA